AUGACCCACAAAGUGGUGAUUGGGAAGGACGGAGGCGUGAUUUUCCAUCAAAAACUACCGUCACCUCACCCAAAAGUGUUUGGUGUCGGUGGCCCACCUCAAAAAGCAGGUGGCCUGGAGAGAACGGACGUCACGCCACGUGUCCCAGCUCGGUCCCCAGCUAUUCCCAGGACGUGGCUCGAUCGCGGUGGCCCCUCCAAGCUGCCGGUCACGGCGCCGGGGGGGCCGGGCCUGGCAGCGGGGGACAGCUGCCACUCGUUCGGGGGGGGGCACGUGUACCCCGGCCAGGCCGCCCGCACCGCCGACCCCCGAAACCGGCCCAGCGCCCACCCGCACCGCUCCGAGGCCCACAUCUCCAAACCAGCGCCUGACUGGGAAGGAACGGCGGUGAUCAACGGAGAAUUCAAAGAACUGAAGCUAACAGAUUACCGAGGAAAAUACCUGGUUUUCUUCUUCUACCCACUUGACUUCACUUUUGUAUGUCCAACCGAGAUCAUCGCCUUUGGAGACAGGAUUGCAGAAUUCAGAGCUAUAAAUACCGAAGUGGUGGCCUGCUCUGUUGACUCACAGUUCACCCACCUGGCAUGGAUUAAUACGCCUCGGAAACAAGGAGGGCUCGGGCCGAUGAAGAUUCCUCUCCUCUCGGAUUUGACUCAUCAGAUAUCGAAGGACUACGGGGUUUACCUGGAGGACUUGGGACACACUCUGAGGGGCCUCUUCAUCAUCGAUGACAAAGGCAUCCUCCGGCAGAUCACGAUGAACGACCUUCCGGUGGGCAGAUCGGUGGACGAGACGUUACGCCUGGUGCAGGCGUUCCAGUACACGGACAAACACGGAGAAGUCUGCCCCGCCGGCUGGAAACCCGGGAGCGAAACAAUAAUCCCAGAUCCGGCCGGAAAACUGAAGUAUUUCGACAAACUGAACUGAAGUUGGCUCGGUCGGGGCGGGACCAGUUCGAGGACCACAAAUAAAAUGCCCCGAGUUUUGCUA